GAUUAACAGAAUUAAUUUCUGUUCAAAAAGAUUUAAAGUACUUGGACUUGAAUUAUUGUGAAGGUUAUUCAGAUGAAUCUGACUUGGAUUAUUAUGAAAGUAAUUUAGAUGGAUCUGACUUGGAUUAUUGUGACUGUAAAUUAGAUGAUGAAACUCUCAAAUUUACAAGAACUUUCAUUAUCAUUUUUGAAAACCAAUGGAUUAAAGAUUUUGAAAUUCUUCAAUAUGCUACUCUUCCAAAAUUGCAAAUUUUAACUUUUGAAAUUAAAUGUGCAGCUGUUGAGCGUGAAUUACUAGAGAUGAUUGUAGAAUUUUCACCUAAAAAGUUUCAUGAGUUGACUAUUAAUUCGAAAUUAGAAAGUGAAAUUACAAUGGAGGAAAGUAACGUCAAAGUAAUUGAAGAGUUUAUAAAGUUAGGUGUUAUUAAAGAAAUUAAAAUAUUCAAUGAUAUCUCCUGGUUUUGUUAA